AUAUUUUGCAUGGAAAAAGGGUCCUCAAUGGAUAUUUUGAGGCCCCAUUUACGCCCCAACUAAAAUUAUCAUCUCCAAAAAUAUCUUUCCCACACCAACCCUUACAAAUAUCCACGAACCCACCAUUCCUACGAACACCCUUUGAUUGCGCAAGAAUUGAUGGAGUGCUACACCAGGCCAAACAGGAGCGACAUUCAUCUCUCACCAGAGGCACAAGCCUCCAUAGAGGCACAAACUAGAGACUACUUUGAUGGGGUUCUUCCAAAACGCCACACUAAGCCUCAACGUAGUGAGUAUUCUACAAAAUAUGUGGAUUCUUUGAAUAACAAUGGCCAUGACUCUUCUAUUCCAGAAUUGUUACACUUUCAGCGCCUUGAGAAUGAUCCCCACGAGAAGAAAUUGGUAUGCGAUGGAUGUCAAGUAACAGAAGAAUUUGUGGAAACAGAAUAUUACAAAGAUCUCAACAGCGUGGACAAACACCACCACACGACGGGAACAGGAUUUAUCAAAGUAGAGAAAAGUGGAAAAAGCUUUCACAUAGAACCAGAUAAUGACACUGGCUGUCAUCACUCUUGCAAGUGCAAUCCUGCAACCAAUGACUGGGUUCCUGCUCCUUCCACUGAGGUUGGUUUCAAUUCAGACAAACCUAACAGGAGUGACAACUAGAAAUGGAGGAGUGGCUGCAUCAAGAUAUUAAUAUCUCAGCUUCAUUUCAGAUCGUGGUGUUUGAAGUUUCUAUUUAGAUAAAUUUAAAUAAAAAAACUUGUGAUUUGGAAUUCAAUGUUACUGUGUUUGAGAUAUGGUAGUAGUUUUAACAUGUCUAUAUUGUAUCCUUGAUGUCUUAGAUUUCUGGACAUGUCUUAAGUUUGUGAUGCAUUAAUGUUUAUGAUGAUGACAUGGAAACAUGGUCAUUUCAUUAUGUGAUAUGUAAGUGAUAUAAAGUUGAGAAUGUGCUUAGCAUGUAAACACAAGAUUCAUUCUCUAGCAUUGAAAUUAAUUACAAAUUUUGAUGUUUAAUCUA